AGCAGCUUCCAGAAAAAAAGGCCCUUCUUCUUUUCCAACCUUUCGCGCCGACGUUUUGUUGUUCUCUCUUAUCUAACGUUAACCAAGAAAAUACAUAAUUACAAUGUCGCAAAAUCAUAAUUCAAUGGAAGAAGACGAAGAAGAUUAUGGACCGUUGCUAAUUUCACACCUUGAGCAAAGUGGUAUCUCAUCUUCGGAUAUUAAGAAGCUCAAAGAUGCUGGCUAUUACACAGUGGAAGCUAUUGCAUAUGCACCCAAAAAAGCAUUGCUCGCAAUUAAAGGCAUUUCGGAAACCAAGGCUGACAAACUCAUCGCUGAAGCUUCAAAAGUGGUCAAUUUGGGAUUCACAACUGCCAUGGACGUUCACCAACGAAGACAAGAAAUAGUCACAAUCACGACAGGCUCAAAAGAACUUGACAGAGCGCUUGGAGGUGGCAUUGAAACGGGCUCAAUUACCGAGAUUUUUGGCGAGUUUCGAACGGGAAAAAGUCAAUUGUGUCAUAUGCUUGCGGUAACAGCUCAGCUUCCUAUUUCCAUGGGUGGUGGCCAAGGAAAAUGCAUGUUCAUUGACACCGAAAGCACGUUCCGUCCAAGCCGUAUUCUAUCUAUCGCACAACGCUACUCGCUCAACGGAGAAAGCACACUCGACAAUAUUGCGUACGCACGCGCAUACAACACGGAUCAUCAAACGGCCUUGCUGAUCCAUGCGGCCGCCAUGAUGUCUGAAACACGCUUUUCCGUCUUGGUCGUUGACAGUGCGAUGGCAUUGUACCGUACGGAUUAUGCAGGACGUGGCGAACUUGCUGCGCGACAGACCCACUUGGCACAAUUCCUGCGGUCGUUGCAGCGGCUGGCUGAUGAAUUUGGCGUUGCGGUGGUAAUUACAAACCAGGUGGUGGCUCAAGUCGAUGGCGGCGCGUCCAUGUUUAAUCCGGAUCCCAAGAAACCUGCUGGUGGCAAUAUCAUUGCACAUGCGUCGUGCACUCGGCUGUACUUGAAAAAAGGCCGUGGCGAGAAUCGUAUCUGCAAGGUGUAUGACUCUCCAUCCUUACCGGAAAAUGAAUGCACGUUUGCUAUCAUGGAAGAUGGUAUCACGGAUGCUGUGGAUUAAAAAGUUCCUCACCCCCUUAUCACUGUGCUCCUCCCAACAUAAACGACUGUCUUCACGUCACAUCGUACAUAUCACAAUACCCACAUCCAUCAUCCGUUUUCCCGUUUCUUCCACUCGCAUAUUCACUCCUAUUCUCUUCUACAUAUGAGUUUCGUUCUCCCCUGGCCCCCCUAACCACCCGCCUACUACCUAUCAAUACACCAUGCACUAUGCGCAU